AUAAAACUCUAAACAAAAAAGGUUAGAAAUUUGUAUGCACAAAUAUUACAUUAGUUGAUUUUCUUGAGAAGAAUCUUGAAGGACAAUGGCAUUCCAUUCAGUUGUGACCAUGGAGAAGCCGCUCCAGCAUUUGUCGCUGGCGGAUUGGCAUGGACGCGUAAAUCAGUUGAGGAACGUAGCCGAUGCGCGUCGCUCGGAUGGAUUCACCUUGCGACAUUCCGCACGUACGCUACGCAACGAGACACGCAUCGAGGGAGACUGGGCCAAUUAUGAGACCAAUGAGGCCCUGACCGAUCGCAUUUCUGAACUUAAUCGUUGGCGCGAUAUUAUUGGCAAGACAUUUGAUCGCAUACAACGAGAGAUAUAUUUGCUUCAGGAGGAAAAGAAUGCUACCGAGCGCGAAUUAGAGGCUCUUGCUGGUCCCAUUUCAGUGAUAAGCGAAGUCUUAACCAUGCGCGAUGGUCGAUUGGGUUCUGAAAUGACCUACGACGACGCAGAUACUGAGAUCAAGAACGAGUUGGCCGUGCUGGAAAAUAAUCAGCGUUUGCUCGCGGAUCGUUGCCAGAAAGCGUGGGAGAAGUUGGCUCGUCUAGAGGAGGUGCGUUUUAAGAUUGGGUUAGAGAUUGAAAAUAAACUAGAGGCUGUGCACUUGGAUGAAUCCCAACUGGUGCUGGACAAGUUCUCGGCUAACAUUACAUUUAAGACGGAUCCAACUCGUAACCCCAAAAAUUCAUGUUCCUAUCAGGCCUGGCUGGAGCAUGUGAAAAAUAUGAAGCAGUUGGCCGAGAAUGAACUCGCUGAUACUUAUGCCAUACGUGAGGCAUUGUUUGUGUGCCGCGAGAAGGCUCGCAAUAUGCUCCAUUCGCAGAUGGAGCGGUCGGAACAUACCAUUCGUAAGCGUAUCUUUGAGACGCAGCGCGCUCGUAAUGAACUGGAGUGGCAGAAAUUAAAGAUGAGCGAAGAAAUGGAGUUGGCCAUUUGCGAAAUCAAAACACUGGAGGAAGCGCUACGCGGAAAGACCGAUGCUCUGAAACUGGCCGAGACACGUUUAGAGAAUCGAGCACAACGCUCUGGUAUGGAGCUAUGCAUGGAUCAGGCUCACGAUAUGCUCUGCUUGGAAGUAGAGAAACUGCGUGAAAUUCGACGUCGCCUCGUCGAGAAGAUUGAUCAGGCGAAGGCCAAUUAUAAUCUACUGGAGGAGCAUGCUCAAAAGAUUGAUGUUGAUUUGGAAAAUAAGCAGCAUUCUCUUAUGACCGAUAUACGUGCUUUGGAUUUGCGGCAGCGCCUCAAGGGCGGCGAAUUUGGAUUGAAGAUCAAAAACCCCAGUGAACAGACCGAUCGUAAUAUUGUACUUACCCGCAUGGAGGAUGAACUUCCACGAACAUAAUUUGAUAUCCACGAUGAUGAUAAUGACGACUUCUGCCGAUGUGUGUAUGCCCAGAGACGAUGAUAUAUUGUGUUCUUUAAUAUUUUGCGCAUUCAUUUCCACUUUCACUGUUGAUGUCAAAAUUUUUGUGAAUAAAUGAAUUUUCGUCGGCA